GCCGGGGUGGAGUUACAGGAACGUGCUCGGGGUGUUGGACCCUUUUAUGAGCACUCAUGGAAAUCCGCGUCACUCUGACAGAAUCCGUUUCACCUGCCGGUGAAGGAUGUUGCACAUGGCUGAGAGUUGAUGGGACCAGAACUAUUCUGACAUCUACCCCACAAGGACGGGAAGUCUUCGGCCGAGCCUGACUGACUGCAUUUUGACGCUCGCUAUCACCAGGAGUGAAAGAAACUGUGAUGGAUUUGAACGCUGCUCUCUCACGUUGGAACUCCAGAUUAAAACUGGCAAGAUCUCUGUUUGGUUUCUAAGAGCGUACAUCUUCAGACCCAGCAUGGAUGAAAAUCCGAACAACUUCUGGGGCCAGCACAACUUUGACAGGAUGUGCCUGAGUGCUGACAUGGAACAAAACCUGAGUGGGCUUCAACAACAGCAAACGCUCAAGGCCUUCAAACCCAAUUUCACAGAGUCCCAGUCUCCGCUCUACUCUGACUUUUACCGGAUAACAUCAGAGGAGACGCUGCAGCUCAACGAGGGCGACCAGGUCGUCCCCGUAUCCAGGAGACAGACGGGACCUGGGGGUCACCAGAAAGAGACAAAACCCCUCCCGCCUCUACCGGACCCAGAGGAGCUUCUGACAGAUGAAGCAUCUGAAAGUGAGGUGGAGUUCUUCACCAGUGAUCGCCGGAAACUUAUACCCAAAAGCUGCUCAAAGGCCAUUUGCAGGGACAGAAGGAAAGACUCGGGUCAAGUGAAUUUUGCCUACCAGGAGAGCUCACUGCAGGACCGGGCUGCCAGAAUCAGAUCAGUGGCCUUUUCGUGGCCGAGCAGAGAGGAGCCGUCAGAAAGCACAAAAGAAAUCUUAGGAGCCAGCAACUGGUGCUUUGCUCUCCAUAAAGAAAAUGAGCAGCGUGAGGUUUCCGGCGUUGGAUUCGAAGGCAAACAGGAACAGCCGUCCUCCAGGUUUCAGUUUUCCUGGUUAGAUGUUCCAACACAAGCAGAACGCAGCUUCACAAGCUGCCCCACCGAGAAGCCGCAAAUCCCUCCUCGAAUCCCCAUCCCGCCAAGACCCACAAAGAGUGCCAAAGAGGACAAGGCCCCCAAAAUUCCUCCACGGGUGCCAUUAGUCCCACCUUGCCCACCACGAACUCCAAGCCCCAAAAGACUGCCGAUUUAUAUCAACGGCGUAAUGCCUGUCACGCAAAGUUUUGCUGCUGACCCACAUUAUGUGAGCAAGGCACUACAGAGGCAGCAAAACGAGAGGCAGCAAAACGAGAGGCCACCACCUGUGGCGGAUUUUUCUCCCUGCAUUGUUCCGAUUUUGAGGGACGGCAAAAAGGCCAGCGCCACGCACUACAUCCUCCUGCCGUCAGGCCGCUCAGCACACUCGCACAGGCGAGACAGACUUCUGAGCGAGCCCAACGGCACAGGAGGCUCCUGCAGCUGGCAGAAAAGGUAGAGACCUCCAAGAGGAAACUGACUGACACCAAAGAGAAAAGAACACAGAGUCCUAAAGCAUGUUUUCACAAUUCAUGUUGUUUUUUUUUAAUGACUGAUAUUUUGCUUUAUAGUGCCAAGUUUGUGACUGAAAACUCAAGUCAGUAUUUAUGAUGUCCUAUCUUUUUCAAGAAGCAUUGCGACAAAGUGUUAUAGUAUUUUCAAUAAAAGUAGAGAAACUUUUGUUUUAAAUUUGGGUAACUGGUAUUUUUAGUUAAAAAGGUUUGAUUUAAGGUACAAGCUGGGAUUGUGCCCAUCGUUUCCAAUUAUAGUAUUUUUGUUUUUAUUUACAUUAAUGCAACUUUGAAAGUAUUGGAUUCUCACAUUUUAUGACAAAAAUAUGAUUUAAAUUACAACAUAAACAUAAAUACUGCAAGAUUAAGAGGCGGUUCUUCACCUGGUUUGGUUCAUGCUUGUUAAAAAAGGUGGAUUCUUUUUACCUCAGUGUUUUUGUCGUUUUUUGUAUGUGCAAAAGUAUAUUUAUUUAAACUUGUAUUAGUGUAAGAAUUGAUUGAUUUUAUUCUGUGUAUUUUUUUAAAAACCGCUUCCAUGGAGCUAAUAAUCACCUACGGACCUGAUUAAGUCAUUUGAGCUAGUACUCGAAUAUUUUGAUCAACAUGAGGAACACGUCACUGGUUUUACAAAAGCAGUGUUAUAAACACUCAAAGCCUGUUUUCAUUUACUGUUAAAAAUCUUAAUUUUGCUCGCAAAUUUAAGUUAAAAGCUGUCAAAGUAGUACAGUUAUGGUGUUUUUUGUGUGUGAAUGAAAUGGAAAAACAUGUUAUGUUUACACUGCUGAAGUCCAGGCUUAUGUUUACAACCUUUUGUUACACAGUCUUUGAAAUAUACAUGAAGAUUGUGCUUUUCAUUAUGCCCGAACGAAGACUUCAAAAAAUCAUUUGUCUGAAGUGGCUACUGUAAAAAUGUUUUUGAUCUAUUUAUAGAAAUAAAUAACUUAUUCCUUUUA